AUGGGCAAGCAGAACAGCAAGCUGAGGCCGGAGAUGCUGCAGGAUCUGCGGGAGAACACGGAGUUCUCGGAGCUAGAGCUGCAGGAGUGGUACAAGGGCUUCCUCAAGGACUGCCCCACUGGCAUCCUCAACGUGGAUGAGUUCAAGAAGAUCUACGCCAACUUCUUCCCCUACGGCGACGCCUCCAAGUUCGCCGAGCACGUCUUCCGCACCUUUGACACCAACAGCGACGGCACCAUCGACUUCCGGGAGUUCAUCAUCGCUCUGAGCGUGACCUCGCGCGGCCGCCUGGAGCAGAAGCUCAUGUGGGCCUUCAGCAUGUACGACCUGGACGGCAAUGGCUACAUCAGCAGAGAAGAGAUGCUGGAGAUUGUGCAGGCCAUUUACAAGAUGGUUUCGUCCGUGAUGAAGAUGCCUGAGGACGAAUCGACCCCGGAAAAGAGGACUGAGAAAAUCUUCCGCCAAAUGGAUACAAACAAUGACGGCAAGCUGUCGCUGGAGGAGUUCAUCCGCGGGGCCAAAAGCGACCCCUCGAUCGUGCGCCUGCUGCAGUGCGACCCCAGCAGCGCCUCCCAGUUCUGAGCUGGGGAGGAACCAGCUCGCAGCCUCCCUGCCUUCACCGGCCCUCUGCUUCCUCUCCCUCUCCUCCCAGGCUGGGGGCCAGACUGGGGACCCCUUUCUGGGGUCUGCACUGUGGGGGGCCUCUGGAGAAGCGAACCCUGCAAGGAAAGGGCUAAGCAAGACAGCAGUUAGCACCCACGGCCCUAGAGACAGAAUCUCCUUUAGUGGGACCGAGAUGACCCUCUGGCUGGUCUGUCACUGUUCUGUGUUCUUUAUUCAGACAGCUGGAUCACCUUCCACCCACCCACAGCCCCGAGGCCCUUCCACAAAUCGGGGGUGGGGAGUGGGGGGAGGUUCCCCUGGAGUGGCCCUCAGUCUGGAGGGAGGUGGGGAGGUGCCCAGGUGAAGAGUGUUUCAGUUUGGUGGGGGAGACAGAGGAUUGAUUCUUGGGCCGUGGGGCUUUGAGGAAGUUCCCCCAUCUACUUCCCAGCAGAAGAAUACUUCCCGUUCCAGCUCUUGCUGGCUGGAGGCCAUGGUAAAACAGAUCUCCCAGGAUUCCAACUGGGGGGUCCCCAAACCCAGCCUGCCUCUUAGCAUUUAGAUGACCACAGA